GUCAAUAGUACUCCCCGAGGAAGGAAGGGAGGGUGCGAUCAUGCGCUCAUAAUGUAGGUGAUGACCCUGGUCAAUGCCCUAGCAAGAGUGACGGCUUUGACGUACAGCGGUCUUGGCACCGGUAUCUCUGCAAAUGCGUUUGCCCAACAUGGCAUAGCAACGACUAUUGUUGAAAUCGAUCCUGCUGUGUAUGAUGCUGCACGCCAAUAUUUUGGCCUAUUGGAUCCCGGUAUCAAUAAUGUAUUUCUGCAGGAUGCGAGAGGGUGGGUCAGAAGCAGGAGAGCUAUAGUGGAAGCUGGAGACCCCUCCGCAAUCAAGUAUGAUGUUGUCGUCCAUGAUUGCUUCUCUGGAGGGGGAGUGCCUGAGCAUCUCUUCUCCAUUGAGUUUUGGAAUGAUCUCAAGACCAUCCUAAGUCCAGAAGGUGUCGUUGCAGUGAACUUUGCUGGAAAACUUGCAUCCGACUCCUCGCAAGCAAUACUGAUUACUUUGCUGCGAGCCUUUAGGCAGUGCAGAGCCUUCCAUGACCGUGUUGAACCCAUCUCUCAGGAACAGCUUCACUCCCAUUUUGUCAAUAUUGUCUUCUUUUGUUCUUCAUCUUCAACGCCACUCACGUUCCGACCUGCAGUCGAAGAGGACUAUCUUCACUCAUAUCUUCGCCGUCACAUUCUAUCUAGUCUUGACAAACGAGAAAUUGAUCACGCCCAAAUUAGAGACAGCUCUAUCUGGUCCGCGACCAUGGAAAAAAAGUUCGUUCUGACCGAUGCGCAUAACACGCUGAACACGUGGCAGGAAGGAGAAGCGUUUGAACAUUGGAAACGUGAGUUGCGUUCGUUUUCGAUAGUGUAGCUCUGAUGUUUUGCGCAGUUAUGAGGGAGAUGGUACCAGACGUAGUAUGGGAAACUUAUUGAGGGUGGUGACAUAAUGUUAUUGCUGUAUCCUAUACGAAAAUCACAGGCGCUGGAUCA